AUGAAGGACAGUGAAUUACUUGGAGAGGAUUUGGGCAUCAAGAUCCUUGCGGAUGUUGAAGGCGGAUCCGUAGAUGGCUUCCGCGCCGAACCUCUUCUUGUCCGCCCAGAACUUGGCCUCCUGCGCGCGCGGCGGGGAUUCAGCGUGUUAGCUAGGGUUUCGAGGGCGAGAGGGGGGGAGAAGAAGAAGAAGAAGAAGAAGAAGAAGAAGAAGAAGACCUUGUGGACGCUGGCCUGGAGCGGGUGCGGCGGCGCGAGGUCCCCCUUGACGCUGUCGUUGACGCCGAAGCGGACGACGUCGUGGUUCCCGCCGAUCUCCUUCUUCACCACGCCGCCGCUCGCCAUCGUCGCCUGCGAAGCUCUCUCUCUCUCUCUCUCUCUCUUCACUCAUCACUCAUUCUUUCAUUACUCAUGGAACGGUCCAGAUCAUCUCUGUGUAAAAUCCAACGCUCAGGAUCGUCUCCACCUCUCCACCGCGCCCUCCUCUCCGCCCCCUUUCUCUCGCUCUCACGCGUCCCCGCCCCUCCCCAACCGCGCGCCGCUCCCCAACCCUAAUCUCUCCCUCUCACGCGGCGCCACCGCCGUCGUCGCCGCCCUCGACUGCCGCUGCUCCGCCGUCGUCGCAUCCGUCGUCUCGCCGCCACCGAUCCCCGCGCCACCACCAUCGCCGCCGCCCUCGACUGCCGCCACUCCGCCGUCACCCAUCGUCGCAUCCGUCGUCGCCGCCGCCCUCGACUGCCGCCGCUCCGCCGUCGUCGCCGCCACCCUCGACUGCCGCCGCUCCGCCUUCGUCGCAUCCGUCGUCUCGCCGCCACCGAUCCCCGCCGCCGGCUCGCCCUCAACCAAUCCCCAUCACCGUCGUCGCAUCCGUCGUCGUCCAGGAUUUACGUCACCGUUCCGUCACCGCACCCACACGAUGAUCCCCGGCGACGGAACGGGUCAUGGUGGCCAGGGAGGAUACUCGGGCCCGACGAGCUCCCGGCGUCUCAGUGAUGCCGCCCUGUUUUCGCGGUUGACCCCGGCACCAGCCCCUUCCUCUGGCCACGUGCGAGUUCGAGAUUCCAAGUCCCGGUGGUCGGAUUUCUCAACCCCGGCACUGGCCUCGCACAGGCUGCGAUCCGCUCGCCAACAAGGCUUGUGUAGAGAAGAAAAGGUGGAAUUGUGGAAGGUAAUCGCGGGGAGUUUUGGUUCAUUUUUUGAAGAUUUCUCUAAUUGCUUACUGCAGGAGAGGAUAACAAAAUAGAAGUCUAUAAAAAUCUAUAGAAGGGAUCAAAUAUGCUUGACUGAAUGAUAGAGAUGGAAAAAUGAAGAAGUGAUGACUGUUGUUUCACAAUGUAUUCAUUUCAUCUAUCCUAUAAUUGUAGUGGUGUGUCAAUGUGUGAUACUUCUAGAUUUUUCCAGCUCCAUUUUGCCAGCUCCGUGUGUGUUAAUGAUUCAGAAAUCGUGGAAUUGCUUGGAACAUGUACUUUAUUCUCAACCAUUUUUUGUGGAAGUGUGGAUGUACAUUGUCUAAUAUAUUGGUAUUGAAGUGAUUAAAUAUGAUUAUUGAUGGUUUUGAA